UGGAAUUCCAACACCUUGUAAAGUGGGGAAUAAAUUCACAUGUGAAAAAUUUGCAAUAUCCCUUCAAGACCUCCAACUAACCCUAAUGCUUUGAGUGAUUGGCAUCCCCAUUUUUGGUAAUAAAUUAUCGUUUUGCACAUGCCCAUUUGCUUAGAAGGUAAACGUGUUGAUAUUUUUUGACAGUUUAAAAGUCUCUUAUUUUCUUCAAAUUAGAUAGCUUUUGCCUAAAACCAUAAACAACUCUGUUUUCCUCUCUUUAUAUAUCAUUUUUAGAGGUCUUAUUGGGACAGAAAACAAAUGAAAAAAGAGGUAAAGGGAAUUGGCAUUUGGCAAAUGGGAAGGGAGUUCAGUUUGGAGCUUUGUCUUUGCCCAUCUUCUCCUGCAAUUCCCAUGAUGGCCAUGCCAUUGAAUCAUCAGAAGCAGAUCAUGGUUUUCAAUAAUGGAACAGCUUCGGUCUGUGACUUGACUGAACUCCAGGUAAGAGCCAUAUUAGGGAUAGCAAGCCAAGAGAGGAAUAGCAGCAAGAGCCAAUGGUGGAGCAACCCAGAACGGUUGAGUCUGCAAAUGCCAAAUGGUAAUGCAGGUUUCUCCAUUAAGAAAUCUCUUCAGAGGUUCCUACAAAGGAGGAACACCAGAAGAAUUCGAUCCAUGUAUCCGUAUCACAAACCACGUACCUAAUUCAAAGUUUAUGCCUCCCAACCUCAUCAAUCAAUCAAUCAAAGAAUUCUCAUUUGCAAUUGCAAUCUGCUAACAUUCUUAUAUUAUAUUGUUGAAUGUAAAUGAGCAAGAACAAACCAUAGGAUAACUAGAAUUCGUUUCGCUCGAUUGAAUCAAAAUACAACAGCCACAUUAGAGGGCAAUUAUCUAUCAAGACAGGAGAAUGAAAUAUAUUUCCGGGGGCGGG